AAAAGUGGCGCGCUGGAUGUUAUUCUCAAAUUGUUCAACCAUGGAUUUUCCUGAAGGUACCAACCGAAGUAGGUACAACAAAUCAAAAAACAUUCCACAUCCGUUUGUUUUUCCGAUUAAGACCGUUUUUACCGUGCUCUUGUUUACAAACAGCCACCCUUAUCUAGCAUCCGGCGCGCAAACCGCGCGACUAUAACAUGUGAGUAGCACCGGACUAGCCAGCUCAUAGCUCACUACACCACCAGCCACCAUGAGGAUCAGUCAAGUGGCUCUCGGCGCGUGCCUUCUGCACCUAGCUUCCUGCGUCAAAGUCAAGAUGGUGAUGCAUUCAGACGAAGACAACUCACGGAUGGACGACGAAGAACCCCACACCGAAGCCUGGGAACAUAAGAAGAAAGCCACGGCCUCACCCUUCAAAAUACGGAGCAACUUCGACGAAGACCGGCCGGCAACCGACAAGGCUCUAAAGGCUCUUCAUCCGAACGACAUGUUCUUCCCGCUGGUGUUCAAGCAGGCCCACAUCAACAACAUGUUCAAGUUUGGAGACAACUGGUACACUUGGACCACAGACAAGCGGUCGGACGGCACGGCGGCUCUGACCUACUACGUGUGCUAUGAGGAGCCCAAGCACUGCGAUGAUGUUGGAUGGGAGCAUAUAGAGGCGCCACCCAAGUGUGCGGUCCAGAUAGACUCUCUGACGUCCGACGAUCGCGCCUGCCUCAGCCCCUUCGGCGUGGAAGCGCAUUACUGCGAGACUGCCGAUCAAAUGAAGGUCUCGGACCUGGUCCACACGUGCGGCUCUCGCAUCCGCUCGUUGUGGCGCUUCGUCCGUUCAGCGCGCCGCCCCGCCGCCGCGCAGAAGCCGGCUGAUAUCAACUCGCUGGUCUGCGAGGAUGAAGACGAGUGCUUUGUCUCCGUCGAGUAUAGGAUACACCGCGACAGAAUAACCUUCUCUCUUCACGAGCCGGCACGCGGGCAGACCUUCAAAAGUGCCCUCAAGCGAGACCUGGCUCCGGAAGACGAAGUAAAGACCACCGAGCGACCCAAAGAACGGUUCCACUUACGAGCCAAGAAGAACGAAGAAGAACCCAGAAGUAAAAAAGCACACAUUCGCGCAAAGAGCAGGACUGCAGAAGGAAAGGGCGUGGUGAAAGAACGAAAUGAUUCCGGAUACAGAAGAACAAAGAACAAGAUCAAGAUUAGAGAAGAUGUGUCGUACGAUCAGUCUGAAUAGAUGUUUUAAAUAUAGCAUGACAUAAAUAAAGUUAAAAUUAUUA